CUCUGGCAACACUGGUGGUGUGUGGGUGAUUCUCCAUUCCGCAUUCAGCAGGUUUUGUUGUGAUUCGUGUUUGAUUCGUGAGCCCACAAAGCCAACUCGUGGCAUCCUGACUUUCCACCUUGGACAGUAAAUGUGACAAUUAAUUUCAAUAUUUACAAGAGUGUUUAAGUGACUAAUUUUCUUAUCAUUUUAUUGUUGGAUCAUCUCGUGUUAAUAUACGAGUGUGAUUUCCAAUAAGUUUUCAUAUUGUGAAUUGUUCGGAAAUCUUCGUACUAAAACUACCCCCCAAAUUUAAAUUGUAAUUUAAGUUGUGCCAAAAAAUACAGUAGUCGCUAUUAAUUUUUUUACACGGAAAGAUAUUGACAUGGAGUACGACCAAAACCAGUUGAUGUUGAAAUAUGUCAACCCCAUGUGCACAGAAAAAUGUUGGAAUAAUAUGAUAGAUGGUAAGCUUCAGUGUAAUUGUGCUGAUGGAGAUAUCUACAGCUGGAAAUGGGAAAAACAUGAAGACACAUGUGCUAUUUUAACAAAAGAUAAUUGCGAAGUAAUAUUUCACCCCGUGUAUAGUUCGGGGACGGCUGCAUUAAGAGGAACUACAUCAUUCACAAAGAACGUUCAUCAUUUUUGGGAGAUGAAGAUGUUAUCAAAUUUAUAUGGAACAGAUGUUAUGGUAGGAGUUGGAACUUCAAAGGUAGUGUUCAGUGUUUGGGGAAAUCGAUUUUUUAGCUUAUUAGGAUGUAAUAAAUUUUCUUGGGGAUAUUCAUAUAAUGGAGAAAUACACCAUGACAAUGUUCGAACGUGCUAUGGAUCCAGAUUUGGUUUAGGUAGUUUAAUUGGUGUACAUUUAGAUAUGUGCAAAGGUACUUUAGAAUAUUAUAUGAACAGGAGACCUCUAGGUAUCGCAUUUAAGGGAUUAAAAACACAUGAACUUUACCCGAUGAUAUGUUCAACUGCAGCACAGUCUGCCAUGAAAAUGACUUUUGCUAUUUCCGUUGAAUCAUCCCUUCAAUUAAUGUGUCUGCAAUUGAUCCUCAAACAUCCCCAGUUAUAUAAUCAAUUUAAAAAUAUUCCUGGUUUAAAGAGAAUUUAUGAAAAUAAUUUUUUCUGGCUCUUUCCAAAAGAAUAUGAAGAUUCAAAAAGAAGAGUCAAAAAUGAUGGAAAAUCGCUAAAGCGAAGAAAAAUGAUUAAGUCUAAACAGAAUGAGUAAAAGAACAAUAACUUCAAGCUUCAUUUUGCAAAUUGUGAUGAGUGAUGAUUUGUCAACUGUGAUGUAUGUAUGUGCUUAUACCUGAUUCAAUCACGGUUGAAGGAAACUCAAAAAAAUUGUAUUUUAAAACAAAAUACAAAGAAGUUAUUAAAUAGGAAAAUAAUUUGAGAAGAAAAAUUGAAAAAAGAAUGGAAAUAUAUUUUAAGAGAUUAGAUA